AUGAAGUGCCAUUACGAAGUGUUAUGUUUACAAAAGGAAGCUACAGCUUCUGAAAUAAAGAAGGCUUACCGACGACUUGCGUUGCAGUGGCAUCCUGACAAAAACUUGGAGAAUUCGCAGGAGGCGAAGGAACAAUUUCAGCUAGUCCAGAAUGCAUAUGAAGUGCUAUCUGACCCUCAAGAACGAGCGUGGUAUGACAACCACAGGGAACAGCUAUUACGCGGCGCAGGCAGUUCUUAUGAUGAUGAUAGCCUUGAUGUUUACCCUUACUUUUCUCCAACCUGUUAUAAGGGUUUCGGUGAUGAUACUCAGGGAUUUUAUGGAGUUUAUGCUGAGGUUUUUUCUAAAUUGGCAAAUGAAGAAAUUGACUUCCUCGAUGAUCCAGAAGAUGUCACCAGCAUACCCAAAUUUGGUAAUUCCACUACUCCGUAUGAACAAGUUCAUGAAUUCUAUGCAUAUUGGAUGGCAUUCUCCACAAAUAAGAGUUAUGUGUGGCUAGAUCAAUAUGAAAUAUCACAGGGUGACAAUAGGCGAGUUAUUAAAUUAAUGGAGAAAGAGAAUAAUAAAAUUAGACAGAAGGCACGCAAGGAACGAAAUGAAGAGAUUAGGAGACUUGUUAGCUUUGUUCGCAGGAAGGACAAGAGAGUUUUAGAACAUACAAAGUUACUACAGGAGAAAGCUGAGGAGAAUAAAAGAAAGGCUGAACAAGUAAGAAGAGAUAGAAUCAUACAGAGGCAAAAAGAAAUAGAGGAAGCCAAGAAAAAAGAAGGAGAAAGUUCAUUUUUACAAAGUGAAGAUUAUCAAAGAAAAUUGAGUGAGAUUGAGUCACUGCUAGCCGAAGAGUUUGGAUUGUCUUCUGAUGAUGAUGAUACUAUUAGUGAAGGUGGAAUGGAAAGCAGCAAUGAGGAAAGUUCAAAGACUGAAGAGGCAAGUGGAGCUUCAAGAGCUACUGCAAAAUCAUCCGCAAAAUCAAAACCAAUAAUAAAGAAUCUAUAUUGUUCAGCUUGUGACAAAGUAUUUAAGAAUAUUAACUCAUUUGAAAACCAUGAAAAUAGUAAAAAACAUAAGGAAAAUGUGGCCAAAAUGACACUAGAAGAUGACAUUGACAUAUCAGAAGAUGAUGAUGGGCAUGUUGAUAAUGAAAUUAUACAAGAGGAGAAAGACAAGAAAGUAAAGUUGAAUGGAGAAACUGAAGAGGAAGGUGGUUUAGGCAACUCAACAUCAGAUAAUGAUGUAAGAGAGACAUUAAGUGACAAUGAUGACACAGAACAUUCUGAUAUUCAGGCACUUCCUAAAAGUCAAAAGAAGAAAAAGAACAAAAAAAAGUCUUUUAUACCGAUGCCAGAAAGUGAAGGCAAUGAUAGCCAUGAUGAGAUGAGUUUCAAUGAAAUAGAAGGACCAGCUCGCAGUAGGAAGGCAAGAAAGUAUAAUAUGCUGAAAAGCCAGGUACAUACAAAGAAAGAAGCUAACUUGAAGAAGGGAUCACAAUCCCAAACUUCAACAGAAAAUCUAUAUGAAGUAUCAAGCACCACACCCACUGAUGAUGCAUUAGGUGAUGGAGGAUUACCACGGGAUAGACCGGCAUUGCCGAAGACACAAAGGAAUUUAAAGCCAAAGAAAACUGUAGAAAGGAAACCUGCUAGGACUAAGACAAGUGAAACAGAAGACUCAAGUACUGCAUUGAAUUUAAGAUGUGCAGUCUGUCAAACAGACUUCCCAUCUAAGAAUAAGUUAUAUGAACACUUAAAAAAGACAGGGCACUCUGUACCUUUACCACAGACAAGCUUCUCACAAACUAGGAAAGGUAAGAACAUUAUACAACCUAAAACGAUCAUGGGCCACAGACGGUCUGAAUACUUAGUGUCUAUGUGUCCAGUCACAAUUAAACUACCUACAAUAAGUAACGACGUACCGACAACAAAUAAAAACGCAGCUAAAGAGAUCGCCUUCCACGGUAUUCUAGGCGGUGGAGCUUCGAAUUGUGCAUCAGAAAAACCGCUGUCAUCAUUGGACACUAGACGAUAG